UCGCGGCCAGCAACGUGGUGAAGUUUAUAUUGUUUUCCGGAAUGCUUCUACAUGCCAACAGAUUGUGAAAAUGAAACUGUGUGUAGGCAAUGCACAAUUUCAGUACUUCCUCAUCAGUCAGUUCCCCAAGGACAUGUAAUUCCAUUACUGUGUGGCACACAAACAGGUGGAUUACUGUGGCAGUGACAACAUUCAACUUUGACAAAAUACAUCUACGAACACAUCUUCAGAGUCCUUUGUGUGUGGCAAAUUUUCAGCAUGGCCUCAUCAAGUGUCACAGCUCAGUCAGUCCUUGGUAAAAUAAGCGAGGGACACCUGGAAUGUUCCAUUUGCUGUAAUCGUUUCAUACAGCCAAAAUUACUUGACUGUCUCCACACAUUUUGCCUGGCAUGCCUGCAGACCUACAGAGAUAGUCAGGAUCCAAACAGCAAAACGUUACCCUGCCCUCUGUGCAGACAGGAAACCAUGCUGGGUGAAAACGGCGUAACGGGCCUGCAGAACAAUUUCACACUCCGUGCCCUGGUGGAGGAAGUCAGCAUGCAGGAAAAGCUGCUGGAGGGUCAGGGGUCAGAGAUCAAGUGCCAAGCCUGCGACGAGAAAGACCAGGCCGUCUCAAUCUGCAUGGACUGUGCGCAUUUUCUCUGUCAGGAAUGCCAACGAGCGCACCAGCGCCUGGCCGUCAUGAAGUCCCACAAGAUUUACACGCUGGCCCAGCUCCGGUCGGGGGAGAUUAUCUACAAGAGCCGGCUGCGGGACGACAUUCCGAAAUGCGGCGUGCACCCCGAGCAGAAUCUCAGCAUCUUCUGCAGCACAUGUGAGCAGUUGGUCUGCACAACUUGCUCCGUCCUGUCCCAUGGAAACCUCAAACACUGCCUCGUGGGACUGGACCAGGCUCUGGACAAGUGCAAACAAGACGUCGCCAAAGCGGUGUCCGAGGCUGAAAAGAACAAGGCAAGGCUGGCCGCCGCCAUGGUCAGCAUCGACAAGUCCAGGGAGGAGCUGGAUGCCAUGUUUAACGACACGUUGAGAAAGAUCUCAAGCAAGGCCGAGGAAAAGAUCGCCAAGAUCAGGGAGGAGAUUGACCGGGUGAGACAGGAGGAAGAGAAACUGAGGACAGAGGGGACCAGAAUUUACAAAGAGAAGCUCAAGACGUGUGACAGUGCCAAGAUCGCAAAUACCAGAGGAGUGGAGCAGACAGAGCACAAGCUGGAGGAGGCCAACAGAGUGAUGGCUCAGGCAAGCCGCUACGAGAUUUUAGAUCUCAAGCAGAAACUUCUGCAAAACCUCAAGGAAGCGUCCCGGUUGCAAGCGGAGACAGUGCCUGACAAGUUUUCCCACAUGGCCUUCAGGGCAGGGAGCAAGUCUCUUGGGACGCUAGUUCUAGAGACUAAGGACAAAGGAGCGUCAACAGCGGAAGGGAGCACAAAAUCAAGAAACUUGGGGCAAAAGGAGAACUGGGAAUUAGUGACAGAGAUAAAGUCAUAUGGGUCCAAGCAGGUGAAGUUAGGAGGCGUGUUCGAUGUGGCAGUGUUCUCAAAUGGCGAACUCAUUUUUGCAGACAACUGUUACAAGCAACUGAUUUCCUACAUGCCCAUGACCAAGAGCAAGGAUAAAUCCCUUGCUGUUGCUAAACGGUGGAAAAUAAAGGACCUCUUGACUCCACGGUGCGUGGCCGUGAACAGAAAUGACCAGAUUGUAGUGCUGGAUGGGCCCACAGUCAAGACUUUCAACCGGAAAGUCCAGCUCCUCCACCAGUUCACAGUAGUCGGCGGCACUGACAGCACCCCCACGUGCCUCGCCGUGGACGAGGACAGCCUGAUCGCAGUGGGCUGCGAGACCAAAAAGGAGGUGUCUCUGUACAACCCGAAUGGCACUCACAUCAAGACGCUCAAGGCCGAUAUGAUCGAGGAGUAUUUGACCACCUGGAAGAAGCGGCUCAUCUACAGCAGCUACAAGAAGCAGAUGCUUUUCUGCAUCGAUUUCAGUGGCGUCAAGGUGUUUGCCGUGAGCAUAACCAGUGCCAACGAAGCCUGGGGGCCGACUGGGGUGUACGCCGUGGCCAAGGACGGCAGCCUGUACAUUGCCAUGCAUGGACAACCCUCGGGAGAAAUCCAUCGUCUGCACUCCAACGGCCAAUACAUAGGAGGUAUUAUCAAGGACUGUGGCUUUCCACACAACAUCACGAUGACGCCAACUGGUGAUCUGGUCGUAGCUGCCGCAGAGACUGUUAAAAUUUAUCACCGUUUGUGAGUAAAAAAUAACUUCUGGAGAUCCAAAAGUUGAAAGGAAGCAUACAAAGGCUAAGUAGGACAUAACCAGAUUUCAAAAACACCAACUUCUAUGCUUCACUCAAGAUUCUGUGAGCUUCAGCGAGCGUCUUCUGGAUUUGAAAUAAGCUCACUGUCAAUCACAAGUCCGUCAUCAACUGCUCAGAGGUCAUCUAGUUACAAAAUUCUUUGUCCCAAGGCAAUCUGCAGCUCAGCCCUCUUGCCAUGUCACUGGAUUUACACUGGUACAUUAUCUCUUACAAAUUCAGUCGUGACUGGCUUCAAAGUUUUCCAAUCCCUGCUGCUCCCUUCCCUCCCCAAGAAAAAAUAACUGUUUUAAGUGGGCUGUGCUUUU